UGGUGGAUCCCAGGUUGGAUCUUUAGAAUUUGUAAAGCAGAUGUGAAAUGAUGCGAAGAUCUUUCACAGCAUUAUUAUACGAAACUGGCCGUACUAACUCAUCAAACCUGUCUUUCUUCACGUAACAAUUCCAUUCGUCUUCCUCACUCUGUCACUGCACUCUCAAUGUCCAACCAAGUGUCUAAUCGCUUGGUGGUCGACAAGGCCAUCAGGGAUGACAAUUCGGUGAUUUUUCUUCAUCCGGAGACCAUGAAGAAGCUCCAGCUCUUCCGCUGUGACACCAUCCUGGUCAAGGGGAAGAAAAGGAAAAAUACCGUUUGCAUUGUAGAUGCUGAUGACACAUGCGAGGAGCCAAAGAUAGGAAUGAACGAAGUGGUGAGAUCAAACCUGAGGGUUAGAGUGGGAGAUGUUGUUUCUGUGCAUCAAUGUGCUGAUGUCAAGUACGGAAAGCGUGUUCACAUACUUCCCGUGGAUGACACCAUUGAAGGGAUUACUGAAGAUCUCUUUGACGCAUACUUGAAGCCUUACUUCCUAGAGACAUAUCGCCCUGUGAGGAAAGGUGAUCUCUUCCUUGUUAGACGAGAAAUGAGAAGCGUCGAGUUCAAGGUUAUUGAGACCGAUAAUGCCGAAUAUUGUAUUGUUGCCCCAGAUACAGAGAUCUACCUUGAGGGAGAACCUGUGAAGAGGAAGGGUGAGAAUGGAUUAGACGAGGUUGGUUAUGAUGAUGUUGGUGGUGUUGGGAAGCAAAUGGCUCAAAUUAGGGAGCUCGUAGAGCUGCCAUUGAAACAUCCACAGUUAUUUGAAUCAAUUGGUGUGAAACCGCCUAAAGGAACCCUGCUGUAUGGACCUCCUGGAUCUGGGAAAACCCUACUUACGAGGGCAGUUGCAAAUGAAACUGUUGCCUUCUUUUUCUGUAUCAAUGGACCAGAGAUAAUGUCAAAGGUGGCUGGUGAAAGGGAAAGCAAUCUCAGGAAAGUUUUUGAGGAAGCAGAGAAAUAUGCACCUUCCAUCAUCUUUAUUGAUGAUAUCGAUUCAAUUGCUCCGAAGCGAGAGAAGACUCAAGGAGAAAUUGAGACGAGGAUCGUUUCUCAGCUGCUAAAACUCAUGGAUGGUUUGAAUUCUCAUGCCCAUGUCAAGGUUAUCGGAGCUACUAACCAACCAAACAGCAUUGACCCAGCUUUGAGAAGAUUUGGGAGAUUUGACACGGAAAUAGAGGUAGGAAUUCCAGACGAAGUUGGGCGCCUUGAAGUCCUCCGCAUCCAUACAAAGAAGAUGAAGCUUGCUGAAGAUGUUGAUCUGGAAAGAAUUGCUAAGAACGCUCAUGGCUAUGUUGGUGCUGAUCUGGCUGCUCUCUGCACUAAAGCUGCACUUCAGUGCAUCAGAGAGAAUUCGGAUGUCAUUUACUUGAAAGACGAACCGAUAGACGCGGAGAUACUCAACUCUAUGGUAGUAACAAAUAAGCACUUCCAAACUGCUCUCGGAGCAAGCAACCCUUCUGCUCUCCCAGAGACAGUGUCUGAACUACCAGAAGAGAGCUGGGAAGGUAAUGAAGGUAUUGAGAGUGUUAAAAGGGAGCUUCGAAAGUUACGGUUAUUUGUGUUCUUUUGUUCUCUGUGUAUGCUUCUAUCAUUUGUGAGGUCUUGAGAAUGUUAAAAUAUGUUACGUGUCACUUUUUCCGUUGGUCGAGUGUGGUAAUGCAUAGGUAGAUUUGGGACCACGUGCACCAUGUCCGUGUUUACCAUGUGACAACGAGGGGCUUGCAUGAAUUUCAAUUCUUCGCAUUAUGUUCCGGUGCA